UGGAUUAUCUAACUGAUUAGCUACAAGUUUAUUAAAAGCUCGUACGAUUACAAUCGUGGCAAUGUCUGGUACUUCUCCAGUUCACUCAAGUUCAAUUAGUGUACAAUUUCGGACGCAGAAGGGUCGCCUUUCCAUUAACACUUCAGAGAUGACAUCAGAAAUAAAUAAAGGACCCCUGCUGGGAAUGCGACACGUUCAGACCCUGCUGAUUUUCCUCAACAUAACGUGCUUGUAUAUCGGACGAUUGAAUGUAGGAGUGUCUGUGGUCGCCAUGACAAAUGCGGACUCCACUAACCCGGAUUUUAAGGAAUAUGAUUGGAGCUUGGCGCAAAAAUCAUAUAUAAUAUCCAGCUUCUUUUGGGGAUACAUCUUCACCCAGUUCCUGGGCGGAUAUCUCUGCAAACGGUUUGGAGUCAAGAGUGUGAUGCUCUGGGGAUCCUUUGCAUCGGGCGUUUGCAGCGCUUUGACACCAGUGUUCAUCGGCUUUGGCGGAUGGCAAGGCUACUGCGGCAUUCGAGUGCUGAUGGGCUUUGCUCAGGGGCUGAUCUUUCCAUGCAUUCACCAGCACUUGGCCAGAUGGUCACCUCCGGCGGAGAGGAAUCGGCUGGGCGCUCUCAGUCACACGGGAAUCGAGUGUGGCAACGUGUGCGCCAUGUUCCUGAGCGGCAUGAUAGCCAAAAGUGCCAUUGGCUGGCCAGGAAUAUCGUAUGUCUCCGCGGGAGUGGCCAUCGCCUGGUGUGUAUUCUGGGCUAUCUUCGCGGCCGAUAAUGCAGUAGAAUCGCGAUACAUUGGCGACGCGGAGCUCAACUACAUCGAAUCGUCCCUGAAGCACAAUGAGGACUACCACAAGACCAUAAUUCCCAUUCCCUGGAAGGCGAUUUGCACCUCGGCUCCGUUCCUGGCCCUUUUGGUGGCGCGUUGUUGCGAAUCUUGGGGUCUGAGUACCCUACAGGCCCAGAUUCCAACCUAUAUGAACGGCGUUCUCGACAUGGACAUGAAAAGUAAUGCAUUCUUUUCGGCGCUACCCUUUUUGGCCAUGUGGCUUAUGUCGUAUGUUUACCUGAUAACCGCCGAUGUUCUGCUCGCCGGAAAAAAGCUAAGUUUGACGGCCCUGAGAAAGACCUUCAACUCGUUGGCCUUCUGGAUUCCCUCUGCCACAUUGAUUGGAAUAGGAUUUCUGGACCAGGACCAGAAGAAUUUGGCCAUUGUGUUGAUGACCAUCAGUGUGGGUGUGAACAGUGGUGCGACCAUUGGUACCUCGCUGAACACCAUCGAUCUGUCACCCAAUCAUGCCAGUAUUCUCAUGGGAAUCGUGAAUACAGCUGCCAAUGUGGUCCCAAUCGUAACUCCCCUAGUUGUUGGGUUUAUCGUUAAGGAAGAUGCAAAUCGCUCGGAAUGGCAGGUCAUAUUUAUAAUCGCAUCAGUCCUCUUCUUUUUUGGAAACUGCGUAUUUUUGUUCUUUGGCACGGCUGUUGCGCAGCCCUGGGAUGCUGAAGACUAUCUCCAAUUGAGACAUCCUGAGCUAGCUCUAGUUCCAGCUCUCCAAGGAGCAACAAAGGACAUGCCUAAAAAGACUUCGGACCCGUUGGAUAGAUAAUAACUGUUUUUAUAAUAAUUAAUUUCUAAUUUGAGUAAAUAUAACAUAUUUAUAGCACUGGGCAAUGUGUAAAUGUGUAACAGCAAUUUUUAACUUUAGACGCUCAAAGUAUCC